GAGAGAGAGUGAAGGCAACCGCCGGCCUGUUUCCUCUCUCCCCUCGCUUUGUUGUGGUCCGUCCGUCGGCCAGGAAGAACGAUCGUGCCAACUUGUUUCUUUCUUUCAAAGAACAAUAACCGAAAACGGCGGCAAACGUGGGAAGAGGCUGAAAGCCACGCAAGUAACGGAACAACCACACCCUCUUCCUCCUCCUCCCCUUCUCUCCCAACCCCAAUCCUCUACUCUGUCCCAUCUGGGAGAGAGAGAGAACGAUCGCAGCCCGCGAGAGACAGAAAGAGAGCGCUUGAGCUUCUGAAGAUCGAUCAGGCGGGGCGAGGGAUCUGUGAGUGGUGAUGGGCAUGGAAGAGAGGUUGGUGGAUGAAUUGAUAAAUCGCUUGUUGGAGGCGAGAAAGAAUGCCACCACCAGCACCACCCCCAGCAGCAGCAGCAACAACAAUAACAACAACAACAGCAACAAGCCUGCGGUGAAACGCGUUCAGUUGAUGGAAUCGGAGAUCCUUCAGCUCUGUUACGCGUCGAAGGAUAUCUUCCUCAGCCAACCCAAUCUCCUUGAGUUGGAGGCUCCUAUCAACAUCUGCGGUGAUAUUCACGGUCAAUAUGCUGACCUCCUUCGUUUGUUCGAGUACGGCGGCUACCCCCCAAGGGCCAACUACCUCUUUCUUGGUGAUUACGUAGACAGAGGGAAGCAAAGCAUAGAGACCAUUUGCCUACUGUUGGCAUACAAGAUCAAGUACCCUGAGAACUUUUUCCUCUUGCGAGGAAACCAUGAAUGUGCAUCCAUUAACCGGAUCUAUGGCUUCUACGAUGAAUGCAAACGCCGGUUCAGCGUCCGACUCUGGAGGACCUUCACAGAUUGUUUCAAUUGUCUGCCCGUUGCAGCUAUCAUAGACGAUAAGAUUCUAUGCAUGCAUGGUGGUUUGUCACCAGAAAUGGAAAGCCUGGAGCAGAUAAAGUCGAUCGAACGGCCCAUAGAUGUGCCCGAUCAAGGGUUGUUGUGUGAUCUGCUGUGGGCAGAUCCAGACAAGGAAAUCGUUGGGUGGGGGGACAAUGACAGGGGAGUGUCGUUCAUCUUUGGGGCAGACAAGGUGACCGAGUUUUUGAAGAAGCAUGACUUGGAUCUCAUCUGUAGGGCGCAUCAGGUCGUGGAAGACGGGUACGAGUUCUUUGCAGAUAGGCAGCUGGUCACCAUAUUUUCUGCACCCAAUUACUGUGGAGAAUUCAAUAAUGCCGGUGCCAUGAUGCUGGUGGAUACUAACCUGCUCUGUUCCUUCCAGAUUCUUAAGCCCGGUAAGGGAAAGACUGGAUCCUCUUCCAACUCGUCGAAGUCAGGAUGAUAACGCCAACGUAACAUUUUAUUACUCAAAGGUUAAAAUACAAAAACAUAUCCUGUCUGGAGGAACAUGGGAAUGAAGGUUCCAGCAAAGGAGUACGUGCUGCUAACAUCUGAAUCACAAUUGCAUGGGAAGGUCUAUGGUUCCCUCAAGAAUUCCCAUGCUUGUGUUGGUGUAGAUCAUCAGCCCGGUGGGUGCACCAUCCAAUCAAUCAUUCUAUGGGGAUUGCCUGAUGAGAAAAAAUGGCUGUCUUAGGCAGAUGACCUUGUCCUGCCCAACAAGACUCGUUCGUUGUUU